CCCCCUCCACCACCGCCUCCUGGGGGCGGUGACAAAGAUGGGGAUGGCAAAGGAUCGUCCAAAAUGGAUGCAUACCGGUUUGAUUCGGCUGCUCUUGAAAGGGCAGCAAAAGCUGCAAAAGAUUUAGAAUCUUCAAAAUUUUCAAAAGAUGCCCUGGAGUUGACGAAGCAGCAGGAGCUCUCCACACAGCUUGACCACCAGAAAAAAAUCAAAGAAUAUGAAGCUCAACUUGAGCAGCUGAAAGUAGAGCAGAUCCGAGUGGCUCAGGACGAGAAGAGGAAAACACUGGCCGAGGAGACGAAACAGCAUCAGCAGAGAGCUCAGUAUCAGGACCAGUUGUCUAGAAAACGCUACGAUGAUCAGCUGGCUCAGCAGGCGCGUAUGCAAGAAGAUAACUUGAGGAAACAAGAAGAAUCUGUCCAAAAACAAGAACAAAUCAGGAGGAGUACAAUCGAACAUGAAGCCGAACUUCGCCACCAGAACGAGAUGAAGCGGAUAGAGGCGGAGAUACGAGGUAAGGCCAAGGUCGACAGAGAAAACCAAGACUUGAUUCGGGAGCAGAUCAAACUGAAAGCACAGGAGAGAAGAGAAACCGUUUUGGAAUCCAUCAAGACUGCUGGUUCAGUUUUGGGAACUGGAUUUCAAGCUUUCAUUACUGACUGGGAUAAAGUUUCAGCAACAGCUGCUGGUCUUACUCUUGUUGCUAUUGGUGUGUAUGCUGCUAAAUAUGGAACGGGUGUAGCUGCAAAAUAUGUGGAGUCCAGAUUGGGAAAACCGUCUCUAGUUCGAGAAACGUCACGCUUCUCGGCCAUGGAGUCUUUAAAACAUCCAAUCAAGACUAUUAAAAAGUUGACUGCAAAGCCAGAAGAUGCCUUACAGGGCAUAAUAUUAAAACCAGGUUUAGAAGAAAAGUUGAGAGAUAUUGCCAUAGCAACAAACCACACAAAGAAGAACAAAGGUUUCUAUAGAAACAUUUUAAUGUAUGGACCACCAGGAACAGGAAAAACAAUGUUUGCUAAAGCUGCUGGUCUUACUCUUGUUGCUAUUGGUGGGUAUGCUGCUAAAUAUGGAACGGGUGUAGCUGCAAAAUAUGUGGAGUCCAGAUUGGGAAAACUGUCUCUAGUUGGAGAAACGUCACGCUUCUCGGCCCUGGAGUCUUUAAAACAUCCAAUCAAGGUUUGUCAGGUUUUACUGUUUGUCGAUGAAGCAGAUGCCUUUUUGAGAAAAAGAAGCAAGGAAGUCAUUAGUGAAGAUAUGAGAGCGACAUUAAAUGCAUUUUUAUACAGAACUGGUGAACAGUCCAAGAAGUUUAUGUUGGUACUGGCGAGUAAUCAACCGGAGCAGUUUGACUGGGCAAUUAACGACUGUAUUGAUGAGAUGGUUGAGUUUGAGGUCUCGAGUUUGGACGAGAGAGAGAGGAGGCACUACUUUGAAAAAUAUAUCUUACAACCAGCAGCUGAAAGAGCAAAACGACUAAAAGUUGAGCAGUUCGAUUGUGGUAAAAAGUGCACAGAGAUUGCUAAAGUGAUAUCGGGUCUAUCGGGUUGAGAAAUUUCCAAGCUUGGAGUUGCAUGGCAGGCUCGAGCUUACUCCUCAAAUGACAGGAUACUGACAGAGAAAAUGAUCGAUGAAAUCGUGCAGGACGCCAUAAAGCAACACCGAAGAAAGUGUUGGCAGGCCGAGCAAUCAGUCGACCAAUCAGAAGCCAUGUACAAAUCGGCAAAAGAUGCAGCAUCAUACAAUGCUCCGAAUAACAAGAAGAAACCUGCUACGUGAUAGCAGCCGGCUUAGGAUUCAUCUCGAUAUAGUGGGGCUGUCAAUCUUCCAGUGCUGCUAGGACAGGCUCUGACAUGUAGAGACUA